AUUUCUGUCUCCUCAAUAAUAAAGAAAAAAUUUUUACUUAAAAAAGCGGUCUAUUAUGGAUGAUUCAAACUGAAAUGAGUCACUAAUGGUGGUCUGUUGUUUACUUUGGUGCUACAUGGUUUUUCUUUGAAUUAAAAGUAAUGAUUUUUCUUGAUUACUUUAUGGUUUUUAUAGUCUAUUGUAACAUUUGCUACUACUUUGUUUGAGAAUUCUUUCAUUUUAAAUUCGUUGGAAAUUUCUUUCUAUCAUUUGGGGCGAUGACCACGCCUAUCAAAAUAUUGCACCCUGAUGAUUUUUGACAUGUUCAAAUUUGGUUUUCAAAUGCUGUGAAAAUGUACAAAUUCUAAGAAAAUUUGUUUCAUAAGAUGUUCAAUAAUAUUCCAGCAGCAAUGAAGGAUCAAAAAAGUUUUGAGGUUAUAGUGCAGGAUUGCGCUGCAGAGAAGAAAGAAGUGGUCGACAAAUUGGUUCAAAGAUCCGAGGCUAGGGUUGCAGAAAUGGAAAGGAAAAAAUGUGAAAAAGACAAUCGAACCUCUGUUUACGAACAGACCGAUUAUUUCAACGUCACGUUUAACUAUCAAAAGCAGUUGAUUGAGACAAUGCUGAUGAAUGCUACCAAUGUUGAUAAAAGCAAUUUGAUUUCUUAUUUUGAUAAGGUAGUGAAAAGUAUUCAAGAACUACAAAAGUUCUUGUCAGAUUCCACUCUGUUUUUGCCGACGUACGACAUCAAGAAGGGGCAGGAAGCUUUGAAAAUUCUGCAGGAUGACCUUCAAUCUGCUCAGAAUGAUCUGAUACCAAAAAAGAAGUUUGCUUUCAAGAAUAAGAAAAAGAUUCAGAAUGGAGUGAAGUCUCCUCCUCUGGUGGAAAGGUCAACCUCCAACAAUGCUAGUGAUUCCAUCCUCGAUUUGAAGCUUUGCAAGUGUGGCUUUAAAGAUAUUUCUGGCGAAAACUUAGUCAAAUACAGAGAAGAAAUUGAAAAGCAAGAUGUGGGCCUUCAUCAUCUGCAAAAUUGCAGAGUUUAUCUUUAUGGUGCACCUAGUACUAUUUUCAUAAGUGGUCUUACAGACUGCCACAUCUUUGCCGGUCCUGUUUCCACCUCUGUCUUUAUCGAGAACUGUAGCCGUUGUACUUUUGUUUUGGCUUGCCAGCAAAUGAGGAUUCAUUCGUGUACCGACUGUGACUUUUAUUUGCAUAUCACCAGUAGAACUAUAAUAGAAGAUAGCAAAAGCUUAUACUUUGCUCCCUAUAACUGGUCUUAUGAUGGGCAAGAGGAAGAUUUCAUCAAUGCUGGUUUUGACAAAGAUAUUAACAACUGGGACUCCAUCGAUGACUUUAAUUGGCUUGUUAUUGGCACGCCUUCACCUAAUUGGGACUUUUUAGGAAAAGAAAAAUACCAAAUAUGGAGCUGAUUAUUUAAUUUGUUAGGAAAUGCUAUUCAAUUAUGUGAUAAUUUAUAACUUAAGAGCUAUAAUACUUAUUGAAAUUUUUAUUCUUAUCUAUUAAUUCUCUCACUAAAACGCUAAUAUUGUUGAGUGUAAAAUCUAAAUAGGGCUAUAGUCUUAAACACAUUUUUACUUCUAUGCAAAGGCUAUUACUAAUGCUUCAGCUGGACUGAAUUGAAUUAUUUCAAAGAAAUGUAUUUUUUAUUUCUAAGGAGAAUGUCGAAUAAAGUUUUCUAAGAAAUUU